AUGGUUCUCUUAAAAAAUCUUCCCAAGAAGACCCAAGGUCGAAAGAGGAUCGAGAUCAAGAAACUUGAGAACCUUAACAGCAAACAAGUCACCUUCUCCAAGCGCCGCGCUGGUAUAUUCAAGAAGGCUGCGGAACUGAGCGUUUUGUGCGGCGCUGAUGUGGCGGUCAUUGUUUUCUCGACAGCAGGAAAAGUGUUUUGCUAUGGGCACCCUAGCAUGGACACCAUUCUAGACUGGUAUUGCAGUGGGGUAACUCCUCCUGCAGUGUCUGAUGAUACGGCAGGAGAUCAAAGCCCUAAUAGGGUUCCCGUGGCAGAGUUCAACAAGGAUUACAUGGAGGCUAUUAGGGAGUUGGAGGAACAGAAGAAGAGAGUUGCGGAGGUCAAAGAGGCGGCAAAGAUGAAGAAGGUUGUGAUGGGUGUAGUGGGUGGGUGUGAUGAGAGGUUUUGGUGGGAGGAUGAGAGUGUUGACUUGGAUGCGUUGGAUGUGCAGGAAGUCGAGCAUUACUUGAUCGCAUUAGAGGAUGUGAGGAAGAAGGUUGCUGCUAGGUUUCAUGAGAUGAAGAUUUUGAAUGGGACGUUGAACCCGGGGGCGCUUCCACCGAUUCCAGCAGUUCAUCGACUUUGUCAUCUCCCAAUGAUGACAAAUGGUUUUAGUGGUCACGGUGGCCAAUUUGGUGGUGGUUAUCAUGGUUUUGGGAUCUAGUUUAGAGUACUUUUGAUUAUUUCUGUUUUCUUUUUCUCAUUUUUU